AAUCAGGAAGGGUUUGUCGCAAGUGUUAUGUAAGGUUGAAAGGCCUUACUGAGGAAAAUGACAUAACAACAGAAGAGAAAAAAUUGUCUUUGACAGAGGAUGAUUGUAUAUUUGGAUCAAUAAUGUUUAUACAACAUAAAAAUACAUGGACAAAACUGUGGGCCGUUGUCACUGCUACAGACUUACACCUGCUCCGUGCACCUAAGGAUGUCCGACCUGUUGUAUCAAUUCCUCUUUCAUUUUACAACGUUGCUGAUGUUGAAGAUGGAGAAGCAGUGGAACGACCCUUUUCCUUCAAAUUAGUUGAGAAAUCUGGGAAAGGUCUUCACUAUUUGUCGACAGAAUGUAAAGAAAUUAAAAAGAAAUGGAUGCUUUAUUUACAAGAAGGUGUUGUGGAUGACAGCGGCCGGGCUAGUACUUUAUAACCCAGAUGAAGUUGAGAAUGCAAUGAUGAUAGACUCUACUCCUAGUCUUCAGAAUCCAGAUAAUUUAGAGCAAUACCAAGCUGCUAUAAAUGUAACCUCCAUAAGAAGUCUGGAAUUUGAUGUAACCAGAUUAGAAAAAUAUUUAUCUUCAUAAUACUAUCACUACUAGAUAUGAGUGAAGUGCUUCCCAUGCUAUGAACAUGUGGUUAACCAUAUAUGGGCAUUAUGAUACCAUAUCAUGCCCAUAUAUGGACAGAUCACAUGUGUUUGUUGCAUAAAGCUUUAGUCUGGACAAAGCUAAAGAUUUUAUAAUGUGUUUGAUUUAUAUAUUGCAUCAUUUUGUCAUAGUUUUAUAACAAAUAAAUAAAUGUAUGUGGUGAUCAGAGCUAUAAGCAAUUAAAAGUUUUCCAGGUCAAUAUGAAGGACUUCCUACAAAUGCAACAAAUAAUUAACUCUUUAUGAAGACCAAACAUUCUAAAGUACUAUCAAUGGUAUCAACAUGACUAUAAGUCAAAUUUUUAUUUUACAUUACUGGAUAAAUGGUGCUAUUUUAUCCAUGACCAAUAAUCAAUCAUAAUAUAUUAUUUGUGGUGAUAUAAACACCUUUAUAAUAUAACAUUCAAUAUUUGUUGCUGGCUUUAGGAAUUAGAGCGAGAAAGUAAAUUCAUCACCAAUUAACAUAAUAAUGUCCCUACGUUGUUUGCAUAUACCCUUAAAUUGGCAGGUAUCAAUUUGAGAAUGUUUAUAAAAGUUUGUAAAUCGCUGCAAAUUUUAAGUUGAUAAUUUAUUUGGUUGUUAAAGUGAAGAAUUCAAUGUUUUAAUUGAAUUUUUAAGGUUUUACCUCACUGUUGGUAUAACUUUAAUUACCAGAGAUUGUUAAUUGUUUAAAAGCCAAUAUGAGUUAUUAUAAAACUAAUGGAGUGCUCGUUCGUUCAUUCGUAUGAAUCACAGGAGCUACACAGUUGGGUUUUUUUUAAAUGUAGCUUCUUUCUUAGUCCUAGCAGGGAUACCGACGAGCAGGUUAACAGCAUGACACUCCUGUUUAUACUCCUGGGUGAAGAGAGGCAAACCUAAGUAAAGUGUCUUGCCCGUGAACACAAUGCCGCUGCGACGAGCGUCGGUCUCGAAGUCCCAAUCUCACGAUCAGAAGUCCAGCACCAUACACACUGUGCCACAGGCUCCCACAAUAGAGUGCUGAACUAGGCAGUGCACUAAGAUGUAGUCUAUGUUCGCCACCUCAAUUACUUUAUAUCGCUUUAGCAUUUUUGAUUAAAUUAUGGCUGUGCAUUAGAAAGGCAAAUACGUACUCUGAUAAAACUUUGUUUCUUGCUCUAUCGUUAGCUUUUAAGUAUUAUAAAUAUCCUACCUAAUAAAAGAAAAACAGACAGUAUCAAUGUUUCCUUUUUAAAAUUAAUUUUAUUUCAGUUUAUAUAAAUUUUUAAAAGUUGCAUUUAUACAGCAUCAAUCGCAAUGCAUGAUUGAGGAUAUUUUUUAAUAACUGAAAAUAUGUUAAUAUUCUGAGAGGGUGAAUAUGAUAAUAAGGAUGAUGAUGAUGAUAAUGAAUAUGCAUGUUUUAUUUAAGUUUAUGACACUAAGUAACAAAAUAGUCUUGGUUGUCAGAAUACAACUCUUUGUUUUAUCAUCUAAACAGAUAAAUAUGAAUUAAUUUCUAUUAACUAUUCAGUAUUUUUAAAAGGUAAGUGAUAUUGUACCAUAUUUGUGUCAGGACCCAGACUUCUUUUUUUAUUACAGUAAAUGGCGCCCUGUAUAAAGUUAAUUAUUAGUUAUUUUAUUUUUUAUUUUUUAAAAUUUUUUUUAACAUUUUUUUUAUUUAUUUGUUUUUUUCAUUUUAAUUUCUU